CAGGAGAGCUCGGGCUCCUAGUGCUCUCCGACCAGCUACUUCGGUGGGUGCCACUAGUCUUGGAGUCAGUCACCUGUUAACCGCCAAGCAAAACGUAUCGCGAAAAAAACGUAGCCAGCCUGUGGUCCUCAUUAUCGUCCGGUCCUCUUUGUUAUUGUUAUUGAUAUUGCUAUUUUGGAAGCUAUUUGCACACCUACGCGAAACGAGUUUGUCCGAUAUUCUAAUCGAUUUGGGAAUCAAGAUCUCCAAGACUUGAUAAAGCCAUGCGCGGCGCCCUCAUGAGUUACUACCUAAAAAUACUCUUGGCCAUUUGUGCCGUCCAAGAACUGGCCGGCGGCGUGAUCAGAUCCACCACAGAUGCCGCCUAUAAGAAGUACCUAUCCAUAAAAUCACUGCCUUUUGAAGACUGCGGUUCUUUGUAUCAGGUCAGCUACCUGGAGAUCGAGAGUUGUACGACGCUGCCUUGCUCCAUGGCCCGGAAUGCGAUCAUUAAGGUUACCGUGCGCUUCGAUGAUAACGGCAAUGGCGUUUCCUUUCUGAAGCACGAGGUCCGCUGGGUGUUUAAUUAUAUCAAGACACAGGCUGCCAUAAGCCCCGAUCCCUGCGAUGGGGAUCAUGGAUGUAUAGAGAGCGCCAGUAACGGCAAAGCCUAUUGGGCCAACAUCUUUGUGAAUGAGACUUUGCCGGUGAUGAGGGGCAGCAUGCUGUGGGAAUCCAAGGAUGCCAACGAUCAGAACCUAAUCUGUUUUCAGGUUCCCGUUGUAAUCACAGUGUAAAUUCAUAUGUAAUCAUGAAAAUAAAGUAAUUGGUGCAUGCAAAACA